AUGUCCCAAUCUCCCAGGACCUCAAAGACCUGUGAUCAAUGCAGGACACGUAAGAUCAAAUGCGUUGGUAGUGAUCGCGAUCAAUCCAAUUCGUGUGAAGGGUGUAGUAAAAUUUCAAUAGAAUGCACGUAUGGAUACGUCAAAAAAAAGCCAGGGCGUAAAAACAUACUCGCGCUCGCUGCGUCCGCUCGUAGGCAGAUCGAGCAAAGUAAUUCUGGUCACAAUGGAGCUGGCUCAUCUCGUCUCUCGCCCAAGUCAGACUCUCCAAACCCCCAAUCAAGUCAAAGUUUCUCCCCUACCGACGGGUCACAUUUGAGCAUCUCCACCCUGCAUGAACCCAUAUCUGUGGAUACGUUUCCCUCUCAGGUGCUAUCUUCCGUCAUUCCCCAGACCCAGUCAAUCUCGUCUUUCGCUUUCUCGUCCAAUAUGAAAGAGCUCACCGACACGAGUAUGAAUUGGCUCGACUCGCUGCUAGAUGACACCAGCUUUCCCCCGAUACCAUCGAUCGCUGAGCUUAGGUCAGAUCUGUCGGGUACGACCGCAAACGCAUCAGAGGGUCAGAUGGCUUUCUUCUCUGAUCAAGCUCAACUACUAUUUCUGGAAAGCCCGGUUGCACUGCAGUCGUACAACAACCCCCCUGGUAUGGUGGAAACUACUGUUAACUCGGGUGUGAAAGGUGAACUGCAGCUUGAAGAUCUGACCAGCUGGUCGAAUAUCACACACUUUGUUGCACUGUUCCUGAAAUACUUGUAUCCUUUAUUGCCUUUGGUUCAUCGACCAACGUUCUCCGAGCAGCUGGCGAUAAGAAGAGAUCUCAUUGACACGGACUUCAGAGCUCUAUUGUUAAGUAUCGUGGCAUACGUCAUCUCCCAGCUUCCGACUAGUCGACUAGUGAACGACCAAUUCGAUAUCGACAGCCUCAAGCGGCUGCAGCGGCGUUGUCAUAGGGCAUGUAAGGCUCUUCAGCGGACGUAUUACGGCCCUACCAGCUCUACGCAGAUUUCCACGAUCAUCUUCGAUACAUUCUAUCUUCUCUCCAUAGGUCUAGGACAUACAGCUGGAGCGAGACUGGGGCAAGCUAUACAGCUAGCAUACUCUAUGGGUCUGCACAGCGAUGCCAAGACUGAGUCACUAGGCCUGGAUCCUAUAGAGAUCCAGCUUCGAAGAAGAGUUUUCUGGCAGCUAUACGCUAACGACAAAACCAGAGCUAUAUCGGGCUUACCUAUGAUGAUCAACGACUUCCAAGGCGUGUGCUCAAUGCCUGAAGCUGUUGACGACGAGUUCAUCACUUCUCAAGGUUCAUUCCCGCAGCCAAGCUCCAAACCAUCGGCCAUAGCAGGGUUUGUAGCGGUAUCGAAACUCUUUCGCAUCUUGUCCGAGUGCUUCUUUCAUCAUCGAUGUAUUAUCUCCAAUGUGCGAGCUAUCGAUCCUGCGUGGACGGUCACCGCGGAAGAUCGGCUGCAUCAGCUCUUGCGGGAAGUGGCCGAAACACCGCCAGAGUCCUCUGGGGAUAGCAGUGAAAUUGUCAAGAAUAUGCUCGCCGUGCAACGAGCGAAUAUUCUGAUCACGGCGGCCAUAUGUAAAUUUGCGUUGUAUGAUCUACGAACCGCUCUACAGCUGGACAAAGAGCAACUAGCCAAAGAACGAGAGGGUAUCGCGAGGGAGAUUCAUUCUUCGUUGAUGAAUAUACCUGUCGAAGACUUGGCUUCAAAUGGUGAAUCAGUGCGCUGUAAGAUUUUCCACAUUGUAUGUGCUUUGUAUCUACAAAACCCAGCUAGUGGCUUAGACCAGGACUUGAUUCGGGAUUGGUAUAACAUGUUCUCCACUAUCAGCUUUGUACAAAUGCCACCGGAACCAGCUUUGGACAGUCGCGCAAAUUCUCCGCCCCCAACGAUGCAGCAUCAAAAGUAG